AGGCCUAAAUGAAAACUCACGGAUAUUGUUGGAUGCUUCGGCGGGUGGAUCAUUCAUGAGCCUUGAACUUGACGAAGCUGAAGAACUCAUUGAGCGGAUCUCAACAAACGGAUCCACCUGGUACUCUGAUCGUCCAUCUGCUCAACCAAAAAUUGGAGGCAUGUACGAAGUUGAUCAAAUGUCGGCCAUGGCUGCUAAGGUCGAUAGCAUGAUGAGCAUGAUCCAAAAGAUUGCUCAAGUCUCUGCUGUGCAAAAUACUUCGCCAGCACCGCCUCCUGUUCCUGUUCUCAUGUGUGUAUCCUGUGGUGGACAACAUGAUCAAUCCACAUGUCCAUGGGAUGCAAUGGAGCAAGUUGAUUAUGUCAACUACAACCGGCCGCAGCAACAACAAAAUCCAUUUGGCGGAUUUAGUUCACAAAACAGAAAUCAUCCUGGUUUCUCAUGGAGCAAUCCCAAUGGAGCUGCCAAUCCACAAGCUUAUCGGAGUUCACCACCCGGCUUUCAAAAUCAACAGCAACAGCAAUUUAGAGGUGGCCAAGGUUUUGCUAACAAUCAACAAGUUAAGCAAAACCAAAGCUUCCCCUAUGUUCCAAAUCAACAAAAGCCGAUCCUGCCAACUCCUGAAACACCAUCGGCUCCCGGCUUGGAUAACAUUGUUGAUCAGCUACUCAAAUCUCAACUAGCCCAAGCCGAAACCUUGAAGAAGAUGUCUGAAGAGCUUACUCAACUUCGAGCUCACAACAGGAUGCUUGAAAAUCAAAUCUCUAGUCAAGCAUCAACAUCAUCAACAAAGGUGACCGGGAAAUUGCCAGCUUGUCCUAAGAAUCCAAGAGAGCAAAUGAAUGCUAUCACUACUCGGAGUGGGAAACAAAUUCAAUCUCCAUCUCUUCCGAGUAGUGAUCUUGAAGAAGAAAGAGGAGAGGAUGUCAAAGAAGAAGCACAAAACAAAGUCAAAGGAGAUGCUGCUGAAAUGCUUCCAGAGUCAAUUCAGAUCAAAGAAGAGUCGCACUUGGUUGCGAUCAAAAGGAUAAUGCGAUAUCUCGCGGGCACGUUGAACGUAGGUCUUUGGUAUCCCAAAGGUUCGACAUGUCAUCUUGUUGGCUAUUCCGACUCGGAUUUUGCAGGUGAAAUUACCGAAAACUUGGAUGAAACAUUCCAAGAUGAGGAAAUUUGGCGACAACUCGGGUUAGAUUCUCGUGACCUCAAGUUUAGAAACUCUAGCAACCCGAGUGUCAUCAACCUCACUUUGAUUCAACGUGUUCAACAAUACAUCUUCUCCUAUGUUUUGUUGCCUCGUGAUUCGAACCAUGGCGUUGUCAACAAAGACGAUAUUCGUUUGUAUCACGUCCUGUUGAACAAAGUCAAAUUUGAUUGGGUUCACUUCUUUGUCGUUGCACUUAGUGAUGGUACUCGUUUUUCCCAUCUCCGUUUUGCCAUCCCGAUCAUGCAUAUCCUUGCUCGUAGCAAAGUGGAUUUUACUCGGGACACUCAGGUGCCGAUGAAGAAGACUUGUUUUAUCACGGAAGCAAAGUUCACUCGGAUUGUCUACCGCAAGGUAAACGAGCAAUAUUUGGAAUUGGUCAUUCCAGACGAAGUGGAGAGAGAGACAGAAGCUGAGUCAUCUCAGGUCGGAGGAAGUUGAACCACGGAACGCGUCACUCGUCAACGCAGGACUCGUCCGAGAGAAGAAGCACCAGAACCUUCUUGGGUGAAGAGGAUCUUUGAUACUCUCACAUGCAUCCGAGACGACGUUCGCCAGCUCAACGAGAGGAUGACUCGUUUCGAGCAUUCCCGCUCCUACCGUGGCUCGCGUCACAGCUUCAGCGGAGGAGCUCGUCCGGCGAACUCUCUUUGAUAUUUCCCCUCUGUCUUAACUUAUUAUGAUACUUUGUUAUUUGCUAUUGUUGUUGUUGUUAUAACUCUUUUGAUGGAUGAUGAUGUUGCUAGUUAUGCAUUUGAUUGUUGGUUUGGAAUAUGGUUCUCUUUUAGAACAUAUUGUCCCUUUGUGGCAGUUCUUGUUAGAAUUUCUUUUUUUAAGAAAACUCUUGCAUUUUU